AUGUUUCCAACGGCGGACACUGAAGAUAUUUCUCGGGUCACGUCAUUAAACAGUAAACAGAGUCUUACUAGCAAUGACCGAGACUCACCUGAAAAUUCUCAAGUUGCAAAACAGGAUAAUAAUAAUAAAGAGUUAACAUUGAAAAUGUUGGUUAAAGAGGCGGUAUUUUGUAUUGCACUAGCACUUACUACAUAUGGAGCCUUACACAAUACGCCUUCCAAAACGUCCAAAGUUCCUCAAGCAGUAAGAUUUUUUAAUCCUGACUCGAUAGUAUCUGAUUGGUACAGAGGUCAGUUAAGCAAUGCCCUGUCUCUUAUAAAUUCUGAAGAUAUAUCAUUUGUUAUGUACUAUGCACCCUGGGAUGCUGAAUCACAAUAUGUGAGAGGAGAGUUUGAAAAGGCUGCAAAUAUUUUAAGUGAUAGAGUUCAUUUUUCUGCUAUCAACUGUUGGAAUCCAGGCAGUGAAUGCAGAUUGCAACAUAAUAAAAUACCUUCAUGGCCAAUACUUAUGGCAUACACUGUCACCUCUAGAGGUGUUUUAUAUAAAGGACCUAGAAAUGCAGAGAGUAUGGUUAAUUUUUUGGAAUUACUCAUGAGACCAUUACAGAGAGUAUCAAACACUGAAGAUUUAGUUAAUUUAUUGUCCAAAUGUGAUGCUGUUGCUGUAGGGUUUACGCCACUGACUGAAACCUCUAGGUAUUACAAUGUGUGGUACAGCGUGGCAUUAAAGUCGCGAGAGUUUGACACUAUUGGUGAAAUAUGUUUUGCUGCAGUUACAUCAAAUGAAUUAGCAAUGGAUCUAGGAGUUGAAAGUGUUCCUAAUGCUAGACUCAUGUUAUGGAAUGAUACUAAGGAGUAUAGACCAGAAGAAAGCAAUCAAUCAUGGAAUGAGACGUAUUUGAUGCACUGGGUUCUAGAGAAUUUUUCUCAACCUGUUGCCAGAAUCAUUCCAUUGUGGAAGAAGUCAUUUAAUUUUGAAAGAUAUGCUGAUGGUAAUCCCAUGUUAAUAUUAUUCACACCAUUAAAUCCAUUGUAUGAACAGCUGCCAUUGUAUUCAUUACUUCGCGAAGUCGCUAUGGAAUAUAACAACUGUAAAGAUAAAGAAAGUCAUCAAUGGACAUUGGAACUAAUAAAGUUGCAACAGGUACAAAGACUGUUGUAUCAGCAGAAGAACUACUUAAAUUUCUGUAGAGAAUAUAAAUUUAAGAAACCCGUCAAAAAAAUACCAUCGAUAUACAAAAAGGAGGUGAUAUCACAGAAUAACAAAUACCCUUGGAGCAAUGUGACCCAGAAGAAUCAAAAGAAUGGUGUAUUUAAUUAUCUUCUCAAGCAAGGAUUGGCUUUAUCGAAAUUAAUUGAGACAUCUAAUGACAACUCAGCUCUGUGGUCAACAUUAGGUUUUCUUGAGCAAUGUGAGUCAAGUGCGAUCAAAUCAUUGCCAGCUGAGAAAAGCUUUUAUGAAUACUUUGAGAAAUGUCAAACACUUGAGGAGCAGUUGAGCGAAAUUGAGACCGAUUAUCAAGAUACAGAAACAACAAUGCAACCGGCAGAAGAUGAUCCAUACUCAUCAGAAAAUCUAGUACAGGAUAAUGUGAAGCAUUUCUGUAAUAUAUUGCAGUUUGCUAAUGAUGUUAGUCCACAAAUAAUGCCAAGCAAAUCCAUUGGUAAUAUAACACAUUUACAUGGACUGGGAUGUAAAACUAACUUCACUAUGUACAUGAUAGCCGUUGAUAGCAUACGGAAUUAUCACUUUGCCGAGGCUCUUGGUAUUGAUAUUAAAAAUAAAAAGGAUAUGACAGCUGCUGUCAUAUUGGAUAGCAAGCAUGAGAGUCAGUACGUUCUGUCUGAAGACUACAGCGCUAAGUCAAUACGAGAUUUCAUAUACAAUUUCACCCAAAAGAAACUUAAGCGAACUCUUCGUACACACGUGGGGGCCGCUAAGAAUACUCACUAUUUCGGUUCAUAUGGAGAUACUGAACCCGACGGCAGAGAGGAUAAAGCAGUACAUAUUAUAGAUUUAACUACACAUACAUUUAGGAAAGUCGUUAGGACUCCUGGAGUGUUAACCAUAUUAUCUGUAUGCGGCGGUGCGUGCAGUGCGCAUACGUCGCGGGCCAUAUCUUGCGCGUCUCGUGCGCUGUCAGCUGCGGGGGUGGGUGUACAGGCGGCGCGUAUAGACGCCUUGAGGCAUGACCUUCCCGCGCAUUACACGCCGCAUAGAUACCCGGCGCUGUUCGUCUUGAAACCGGACGGGUCAGGUGAUUCAGACAGUCGGUCGUAUCCCGAGGGCGCGCGCUUGUCUUGCGCCGGCGCCGCAGCCCUGGCGCUCCGGUCCAUGGACGCUAGGUCGAGACUCUCAGUGAGGCUGCGACUCUGUUCUCAGAGCAAGCCAAUAUUCGAGAAGAGAGCAUGCCUGAAGGAUAUAAAAGAACAUGUAGUAACGGUCAUCGGAAGAAACUUGAAAUAUUGGCGUCGAACAGAAAUCAAGGGGUUCAGGGAUUCUAUAUUCAAAAGACUGCAAUAUUUACAUCAAGUAUCAUUAUACCUCGGACUGAUUCACGUAGACGACCUUAAAAAUAACAAUCAGAAACAAAGAUUACUGGUGCAAGCCCUAGACGAUCUAUCAAACAACUGGGAGAUUGACGUGACUUUAUUGAGGAAAAAUUCAACCCAAAAAACCGUCGAGAGAUGA